UUCCUAUCGAUUCUGAUUAUACGCGAAGACGUUAUAAUACGAAGUGUACUGUCGAAACAUGCUAGUUCGUCGGUAACAGUGCUUGACCGUUUGUCGUUCAGUGACUGGUGUAACAUUCAUCGCUAUUGGAGGGAAACAUACCUUACAAUUGUUUUUUUUUUCUUUUCUGUCGAUCACAGUAUCUUAAGUUGGACUACUAGAAUUUUAAAGAAAAAUGUCAGACAACGAGAAUAAAUCAUGGUGUCAUUCACGUCAAAAUUGUGUCGUGCAACCACUUUUAACAGAUUUAUACCAAAUUACAAUGGCAUAUGCCUAUUGGAAAAGUGAGAAAAUGAAUGAUCAUGCUGUAUUUGAUUUAUAUUUUCGUAAAAAUCCUUUUCAAGGAGAAUUUACUAUUUUUGCUGGGUUGGAAGAAUGUAUUAAAUUUUUAGAGAAAUUUCGUUAUUCUUCUAGUGAUAUUAAAUACUUAAAGUCUACAAUGCUUUCAUCAGUUGAUCAAAGGUUUUUUGAAUAUUUGGAAAACUUGACUCCAAAAGAUGUAACAAUAUCUGCUAUGGAAGAGGGUUCAGUUGCUUUCCCAAGAAUACCAUUACUAAGAGUAGAAGGUCCAUUAAUAAUGGUACAACUUUUGGAAACAACACUGUUAACAUUAGUUAACUAUGCAAGUUUAAUGGCUACUAAUGCAGCCAGAUAUCGUAUGGUUGCUGGGAAAAAUAUAACAUUGUUAGAAUUUGGACUUCGAAGAGCACAGGGUCCUGAUGGUGGUUUAAGUGCCUCUAAAUAUAGCUAUAUUGGUGGUUUUGAUGGUACAAGUAAUGUCUUAGCAGGAAAGCUUUAUAAUAUUCCUGUAAGUGGAACACAUGCACAUUCGUAUAUCACAUCUUUUACUGGUAUCGAUGAUUUGCAAGAAAAAACUUUGGCACAUAAAGAAACAGGAAAAGUUUAUGAUCUUUUAGAAUUAGCUUACAAAUAUCAAAAUUCCAUUGCAGCUGAUGUAGGAACAUUAGUUUCUGAGGCUUCUAGUGGAGAAUUAGCUGCUUUAAUUAGUUAUGCCAUAGCUUUCCCACAACGAUUUAUUGCUCUUGUAGACACAUAUGAUGUGAAAAGUAUUGAAGCCUCCGCCAAGAGACAGGCAUGUAUAGCCAGCCUAAAUGUAAACAAUAAACAUCUAACAAAUGGGUCCAAUACACAUGCCCAAAAUGGUGUCAGAAACAAUCCGAUUAUAUCAGAAUCAACUUCGCAUCACAAGAAUGGCUUUUUAAGUCAAGGCGAAUUGGGUGAGCUCUAUGUGAGGAGUGGUCUUCUAAACUUUUGUGCAGUGGCACUGGCUUUAAAUGACCUGGGUUACAAAGCAAUUGGUAUAAGAAUUGACAGCGGCGAUUUAGCGUAUCUAAGCAAUACUGCAAGAGAUAUUUUUGAAAGAAUUGCCAUCAAAUACGAUAUGCCGUGGUUUGCGAAAUUAACAAUCUGUGCGUCAAAUGAUAUUAAUGAAGAGACCAUUCUAAGUUUAAAUGAACAGAGUCAUAAGAUCGAUUGCUUUGGAAUUGGAACUCAUUUGGUAACGUGUCAAAGGCAACCAGCAUUAGGCUGUGUUUAUAAAAUGGUUGAAAUUAAUUGUCAACCUAGGAUCAAACUCAGCCAAGAAGUUGAUAAAGUAACAAUACCAGGAAAGAAAAAUGCAUUCAGAUUAUAUGGAGCAGAUGGAUAUGCUUUGAUUGAUCUGUUACAAAGAUCAACAGAAGAAAUUCCACAAGUAAAACACAAAGUUCUCUGCAGGCAUCCUUUUCAAGAGUCAAAAAGAGCUUAUGUAAUUCCAUCACGAGUGGAACCAUUACAUAAGGUAUAUUGGAAAAAUGGUAAAUUAUGCCAACCAUUGCCUACAUUACAAGAAAUACGAAAUAGAGUUCAAGAGUCCUUAAAAACACUCAGGAAUGAUCACAAAAGAAAUUUAAAUCCUACACCAUAUAAAGUGGCUGUUAGUGAUGAUUUAUAUAAUUUUAUACAUGAUUUGUGGUUACAAAAUGCGCCCAUUGGUGAACUUUCGUGAAGUUGUAAAUACAUCAUCAUUAUUAAAAAAUAAUGAACAAAGAUUAUGAACUUAA